UGGAAGUGACGCGUGUAGUCCACGUGGGGUGGGGUCGUGGAUGAUGGUUGGAACUGUCGCGACUCGCAACCAUACAGGCGGCCCGCACCCGGACCCGGACCCGGACCCAGACCCAGUGUACUAUGUAUUCAGCAGUGCUGUAUCCUCCAUCAAAGCAACGCAUCAUCCACAAUAUUAAUUCCGACUUAUUCGACGGCUACCGCUUGGAGGUAUUCACCCCUCGACACUGGAACAUGAUAAGGUGAAAUGACGAAUGAUGUGAAGGAAUUGGGCCUUGAGCGGGUCUCGGAGGUGUGCGACUGUUUUUUUUUUUGCUAUCGAUAACUAAACUAAACAGUAUCGGGCGCAGAGAAGGGUAGAGGGUGAUGAGAAGAGUGUGGCAAACGUUGCGAUCGUAGAGAAGCCAAGAGACGAACAUAAACGAUAAACAGUCGAGGCUAGCCGAGUUGGAGCGAGUAUAACCGAGGUAUGUACUAGCGCCGUAUAGUAUCCCGACACGCCGCAGGCCGCACUCCGGACACCGCACUCCGUAGUCCAUAGUCGUCUGGCAACUCGUGUUACCAAUGGAAAGUCUAGAUGUCGAAGAUGCGUGAUAGGUGAAAAACUCUGAAGCAGCAAUGAAUGCUUGACCAUUCCUCACCACACGGGGCAAUCACAUGCCCUCAGUGUUAUUAUCUCGAAAAAGUGUUAUUCUUUGACAAAGUUAAGUGGCAACUGUGAAAUGUGUGUCCUCGGGGUGCAGAAGGUGGCUGAAAAGUGGCGAGAACAUAAGUGAAAACUCCAGUCCAUUUAUUUCCUUUGAUUGUCCAUUUGUUUUGGAUUAUCUACGGUAAAUAAGUGAAAUAUUUGGCAUCGUCAUCGCUCUAGUCGUUCGAUACUGUUUGUCACGGCUGCGUAUGGUACACAACACGUACCACAUACGUAUUCCCGUUUAAACUCGAUAAUGAAGCUUUAGGCUGUGUAUCGAUACACAUUUGGUAUACGCGUUCGUCUCUCUCUGGCUGAACGAGAGGAAAGAGGCAAUUCGAGGUAGUCUGAGGCAAUUGAGAGAGGCGCAAGAUGGCUGGGAAUUGUUGAGAGAUACCAGGCGGAAAGUGGGGCCGGACGUUGGUGGAUAGAGGGAAAAAAGAAAAAAAGAUUUUUUCAAUAAAAAAGGGGGACAGGAGGAUACAAUAAUAAGGAAAGAGGCCAAACGUCGGAUCAAGAGAUCUGAAAUCACAGUGGCCUGAUAGAUCACGGCAAACGUGAAACAAGAACAUGACGCAAAUAUAUCGACUGUAACUGGAUAUCAAGGGCGGGGAGGAGGAAGUUUUAUCUUGAAAAUUAUUUUUUCCACUGAAAUAAACGACGAGACACUGGUCGAGGAGUGAAAGGGAAUGUGUGACAUGUUUAUCCAAACUCAGCAAACGAGCAGCGUCAACAGCAGCAGCAGCAGUAGCAGCAGCAGCAGCAGUAACAAUACCGCUCAUCAUCACAGUAAAAAACGUAAAUUGGAUUACAACGUUUGUCAACCAGUAAUCCAACACUCAUUGGUGCAAUCGAGUGGCGAUUACCAAUUGGAUAAUACUGGACUACAGCAUUACUCUGUGACUGGUACUAACGCCGGAUUCGGCACGCUGCAGAAUAAUGCGCUGCAGAAGAGUCCGAAUCAACAGACCCUGGUGCGUGCAUCUACUAUCAAACUUUUAGACACGUAUCAACGUUGUGGACAAAAGAGAAAAACCUGGUCGAGAGACGGUAAUGAGGCCCUGACAGCGCAACCGUCAAAUCUGACAAACGGUGUUGGCAGUACAGUUGUCCCACCAAUCCACUCCCAACAUCAGCAACAGCAACAGCCACAGCAACAGCCACAGUUUCACCAACAAACACAACAACCGCCUCAGCAGCCACAACAACAACACAAACAGACAAACAUGACGUCACACAGUAAACAAGUUGCUAAUACGGGUAACGGUGGUGGCAGUAACCCCCAAGGUGAUGGAGAUUAUCAACUGGUCCAGCACGAGGUCCUGUACUCUAUGACCAAUCAGUACGAAGUUCUUGAGUUUCUCGGGAGAGGGACAUUUGGACAAGUAGUGAAGUGUUGGAAGAAGGGUACCAACGAAAUCGUCGCCAUAAAAAUUCUGAAGAACCAUCCAUCGUACGCGCGCCAAGGUCAAAUUGAGGUCUCCAUCCUGUCACGACUGAGCCAGGAAAAUGCUGAUGAGUUCAAUUUUGUGCGUGCUUACGAGUGCUUCCAGCACAAAUCCCAUACCUGUUUGGUCUUUGAGAUGCUGGAGCAAAACCUCUAUGACUUUCUAAAACAGAAUAAAUUUUCACCCCUGCCACUUAAGUACAUUAGACCCAUUCUUCAACAAGUACUUACGGCGCUUCUCAAGUUAAAGCAACUGGGCUUAAUUCACGCAGACUUGAAACCAGAGAAUAUAAUGUUGGUAGAUCCAGUGCGUCAGCCCUACCGUGUCAAAGUCAUUGACUUUGGUUCUGCCUCGCACGUAUCAAAAGCUGUAUGCAAUACUUAUCUCCAGUCGCGAUACUAUCGUGCACCGGAAAUCAUUCUGGGUUUACCAUUCUGUGAAGCUAUAGACAUGUGGUCCCUCGGUUGCGUUGUUGCUGAACUAUUUCUCGGCUGGCCCCUCUACCCUGGUAGCUCCGAGUACGAUCAAAUACGAUAUAUUAGUCAAACACAGGGACUACCAACUGAACAUAUGCUCAAUAAUGCCAGCAAAACGACUAAAUUUUUCUAUCGUGACAUGGACAGUACAUAUCCAUUUUGGCGAUUAAAAACACCGGAGGAGCAUGAGGCUGAGACUGGUAUCAAAUCCAAGGAGGCGAGAAAAUAUAUAUUUAAUUGUCUCGAUGAUAUUGGCCAAGUCAAUGUACCAACCGACUUGGAGGGGGGACAACUGCUUGCUGAGAAGGCAGAUAGGCGGGAGUUCAUUGAUCUUCUCAAAAGGAUGCUAACCAUGGACCAGGUAGAACGUCGUAUAACACCUGGUGAAGCCCUGAAUCAUGCAUUCGUCACUUUGGCCCACCUAGUCGACUACGCUCAUUGUAACAAUGUUAAGGCGUCAGUUCAAAUGAUGGAAGUCUGCCGAAGGGCUGGCGAUUUCACAGCGAGUCCAACACACCAUCAGGCACCCCCAGCUCCACAACCACCACCACCUACCUCCCUCGUUGCCAAUUUCGUACCAACGACCAACGGCAGUGCUGUUACUCUGACCUUCAAUAAUCAAGUCCAGAGACUAGUGAGGGAGCACCGAACAGCCCAAUCGGGAUACGGAGAUUUGUAUCAAAUAUACAGUAAUAGUACGAGGCGGGCGACACAGUACAGUGGUUCAUCGAGUGGAUCCAAUGGUGGUAGAGGUGGUGUUCACGAUUUUCCUCAUCAACUCGUACCAGGAAUACUCUGUCCACCGCCCGGAUAUCAGACUAUGCCAAGUCCAACAAAACAUGUGGUUGUUGCACAGCCUCCACAGCCACAACAGGCACCACUGCAAAUUCAACCGUCGAUUAUAUCACAGCAGGCGGUCGCCGCUGCUGCUGCUGCUGCUGCUGCUCAACAACAGUAUGCUGCAGUGCCAGUUUCCAUGGUCGAAACGGGUAGGCAAAUGCUUCUUACCAAUGCUGUACAGACCUCAUGGCCUGGGGGCAGUCGACAAAUGGCUGCCAUUGUUCCUAGCUGGCAACAACUUCCUCCUCAACAUGCUGCUAUUCAACAGCCACUUCUCAGUGAUGCUGGCGACUGGGGGCGACCCCUCAUUGUCGACAGCUCGGCCAUCAUACAGGAUCAGCGUCCCGUGUUCCCCGUAACUGAAGUGUACAACACCAGUGCAUUAGUCGAGCAUCCGCCUCAAAGUUGGGGGAAACGAAGUGUUACGAAGCAUCACCAGCAUCAUCUGACAGUGCCUCAGCAAUCUCAGCAUCGUCAUGAUCAUAAGAAGGAAACACAGCAGUUGAGUCCAGUAAAGAAACGAGUCAAAGAGAGCACUCCACCAAGCAGCAUGAGACGUCACUCACCAUCCAAUGGCCACUGGCAGCAGCAAUCGAUACAGUCAUCUCAUCAUCAUACUGGAAAGCACGCUGGCAAUCAUAAUGCUGAACAUCAGCAAGUAGCUGCAGUACGACAGCAAACCAUCACCAUUCACGACACACCCUCUCCAGCGGUCUCGGUUAUAACCAUCAGCGACAGCGAGGAUGAAACACCUGGAAAAUGUUGCGGAGACCGUCAGUGUGGAGCUUGCCAAGGGUUAACAUGCCACCUGUCUGGCGCCCGACGUCCUGUGCGCGAGGAAGUCAUUCGAAGCACUCAGUCAACACCUCGCAUCAUUCUUAAUACCCAAUCAGUGCAUUCAUUAAGUCAACCUCAUGUUCAUGGUCAGAAUUCUCAUGGUAGUACAAGGACACAUCGGAAAAAUGUGAUAAGCUGUGUCACUGUAGGAGAUAGUGAUGGAGAAGCCAGUCCUGGGAGGGCUCACACACAGCUCUAUCCUCCUUCGCAUUUAUCCCAAAAUCAACAGCAUCCACAAACUACGCAGCAUAUCAAGCAUGAGCCACAGCCCCAGCAUCACGUGAGCUCUGGCUAUUCGCAAUCACAAAAAAAGCGAUUACUGGCUAAAGUUCAAUCAGAAUGCAACAUGAUAAAUGUAGCAACGAAACCGGAACCGGGCGUUGAGUAUCUCGCUCCACAUCCGUGCCACGCGCCAGCCUGCAAGGAGCCACCGACCUACCAGGCUGACGUCUAUGACAUGCAUGACUACUUAUUGCAGUAUGUGACCACAAGUAGCGCGCAUCCACACCUUCAAGAGCAGCAUAUUGUUUACACGACUGGUGCCGAGAAGCGUGUGUCAUGGCCGGGUAAAAGAGCUGAUUAUAAGCACGAAUACGUCCAGCCACCGGCUGCUCACUCCAGGGAUCAUCAGAAGUGGGCUGUCGCCAACCCAGUGCACCAGUAUCGGCAGAGCCAGGUGGUGGGAUCGGCAUCGCAUCCAAGUCAUGGCCACAGCCAUCACGGACAUCCUGCUCACCUGAGUCCUGGUGGCGGUGGCGGCGGCGGUGGUGGUGGACGGAGUCCGGCUAACGGUCCUGUUGUAGGGAGCAGCCAACAUCUUGGUCAGCCCCUUUAUCAGGAAUACGCUCAUGUACGCUCACGUGGACAUCCUGUACCACCGCCAGUGUACGUUACUGCUGCUCCAUCGCAAGCGCCAACAGCGAUACAACAACAGCAAGUGCCCACCUACCAGGGAUUCACACCCGGGUGGGUACCUAGACAACUAGUUGAUGCAUGCAUCUCGUCACCACUAACGUUGUAUGAUUCUAGUCGUGCACUUCCACCACCAGCACAUCAUAGUUCGGCUAGACCACUGCUGGCAAGCCACGCGGCGCAUCCAUUACCCGCACACAUGCAGCCAACUGCUGUUUACGGUUUGGCACCGCUAUCGCCAGCUAAACAUCAAUAUCAACCGUCCGGUUUGUGGUUCACCGAGUAAUUCACCUGUCAACUCCCACCGGAAGACCGGACGAGACAAGCAUUACAUCAUCACCACAGGGUGCGACUAAUAGUUAAUUUUUUGUUAAUUACUUAACGUAAAUGCAUAUGUUAAUACAGGAGAAGCGGUGUUAAUUGACAUUUCAAUCUAUGAAGAAAAUUGUCGCCUUUUAUAGAGCUGUAUUAGGUCAUAUUCGUAGCUAAAUUUUUCCAAUUACUUUAAUACAUCACAAGUUCUAUUCUAAUCCCUCCGAAAAUUAUUAAUUCACAUUCAAUGAACCAUAUCCAAUGGUUUUACGUGCGCAAUUAACGGAUUCGGAGGAUUUUAUUUAAUAAUAUUUUUUCUGAAUUAUCCAGUGUUCAAACGAGUUGAAUUUUUCAACGGAAGUAAUGAAAACUUUUCAGCAAAUGAAAAAAACUUAUACUACAUUGAAUUAAUAAUUCAACACUGGACAAUUCCUAUCCCAUUAAUGGCACUGCUCGACACAAUAAAGCAAUCGAAUUUUACGUAUAUUUUUAUGUUCUAUUUUUUUCAUUCUUCUUCUCUUUUUUUUUGUGACUAAUAGCCGUGUAUAUUUCAAUUAAAAUGUCAACGAAUCAAAAUUGCUUUGAGUAUGAGGUCUCGGUACAGACAAAUCAAUUAUUCGUCGCAUUUUUAUACAAAGGCAUUAUUAAGAGUACGUAAUAAGUAUCAGACAAGAUGUUGGCGGUUUAAUCUAACAGCCUGGAAACUAAUAUAAUUAUUUCAAUGAGUGAUUUGCCCUUAGUAGAAGCGUAGAAAAGUUGAUUGUAAGUUCCUUAGUUAGGAGCAAUACGAAUGACAGUCAAUUGCAAUUUAUGAACAGCAACGGCUAACUAUAAUUUCAUAGAGCCAUUGUGAUUUUAAAGAUUUUCGAUCACCUCAUUAUCAUUUUCAUUAGGGAAUAUUAUGUUUAAGUGUUUAGGAAAGACAUGCGUAGUCUAAUGCUUUCAUGAUUUUGUAGAAAAAAAAUUAACGAACAUGCAGAAAAGUAACUAAUUGUGCUUGAGGAAGAUUUUAUUGGCUUAGUUUUUUUAUUUUGGCUCUUCGAUAUAUGAUUCGGCGCAUAUACUGUAUAAAAUAGAUUAUUUUACUUAUUAUUUUGUAAUUGUAAAUAACUGAGUUAUAUUUUUUAGGAUGAUUAUGUUUUUGAAAACAUGAAACUGAAGGAACAUCAAUUUGCAUAAAAACAAGUUGAUAAUAUAUUUGUUUGUAUAAUGAGUAAAUCAGAUUAAUUGUCGAUAUUAAUAGAGGAGUAUGGAUAAUUUUUAUUUUAAUGUACGGACACAGUACAUUGCGAUAGUAAUGUUAACAAUCGAACAGUGAGGCUUAUUCUAACUACACCCAAUGAAUUUUCGGGGAUAAUUAUCGCGCAGUCCAUCCUACCUGGAUUCAAUUUGUAAAUAAUAAAUGUGAAAUAUCUAAAUAUGUAUAUAGAAGGAUGUCUCUUGCAGAUAAUCCUUUAAUAGAGUAAUUCUUUAUUAUUUGUAUGAAAUUAUUUGUUUUGUUAGUAGUCAGAUUCGACUGUAUGUUUUUCCGUUCAUAAUUAGCUAAAAGAUGUGUAUACAUAAGGAGUAGGAAUUCUUCACAUUUUUCUGACAAUUUCGUCUUAUGUUAGUGUAGAUUUUUUGUUCACCGCCAGAUCAUGUUCUUCCCGUAGUGUACAUUAUUUCGAGUAUCUUAUUUAAUACUGAAAGCUCAUUACUGUCCAGAAAUGUUAUUUAAUGAUGGAGGAAAGAGGAAGCACAGGGAGUUGGGCCAAUGCUAAUCGAGAUAACGGAAAUAUUUUAAAAACAAAAAAAAAAUGAUUUCAAUUGUUCAUUUUGACUUGUUUUUCCUAUUAUCUCACAUUGCAAACAGCCAAAUUUUUAGUUUUUAUUUUUAGAAGAAUAUCGGUGAAUAAAAAACCGUUUGACGUGAAGUCAUUAAAUUUCCGCUUUCUCAAUUGAGAUUGCCGCAUUCCCUAGUACCUCUUCUCUCCUACAUUAAUUCCGUAAUAAUCCCAGAUAAUCAUCUUCCUCAUUAUAAUUAUUUUCACACAUAAUUUGUCAAAUUCCAAGACUUAUUUCUUACAAAGGUACUGGGACGGCCAAGCUUGCCGAUAAUUUACAUUUUAGACAAAGAAAGAAAAAAAAAAUUUUAUAUUUUUGGGUUUUACUCGAUACUGUAUAGAACGAGUAAUCUCUAAUUUUAAAGAAAAUAACAAUCAUGAUGGAGAAAUUAUAUCUAUAAUGCAGAGGAUAGAGUUGGUGUAAAAAUUUUAUCAAUGUUUCUAAUUGAUUUCACCUGUGGGAUCGAGGAGUGAAAUUAAAGGUGUGUUCCAGUGUUGAAUGAGCCGAACGUUUGACUAAUUCAGACUAGAGAGCUGAUUACUGCGAAUGUAUCAUUCAAAGACUGGACCACUGAACAUCUUAGGCGCUUGUUCUUUCUUUUUUUAAACUUGAACUUACUACUGACAAAUUCAUGUUUUGCGAUUAAUUCAAUAUAGUAAGCUCUCUUCCAAAGACGUAAUAACAUCAAAAUGAGUUGACUAUUUUUUUUUUUUUUUCGGUUUGUCAACAACAAAACGUCAUCUUCAUGAUGAGCGAAGGGGGUAUGUUAUUAUCAUAAUAAACUACUACUAGAUUAUUAUAUGACUAAACUCAUAUUUAACCAAGUUGAUGUGCCUGUUUAACGACUUAGCGUAUCAAAUACGAAUAUGCCCAAAUUAAAGAUUCUAUUAUAUGAUCAACUUAUUGGAUAUAAGUGGCAAGAAUAUUAAACAGAUGUUUAUCAUAAUAUGUGGAUCUAAAUAUCAUAAACUGUCUUUACAUGUUUAAUAUUUCAUUAGAAUUAUAUAAUACCAUUCACUACUGCAUUAUUUCCGUGUUUCAAUUGUAUUAUAACAUUUAGUCAUUUCAAUUGCUAGUGUAGCAUUUUAGUCAAUUGUAUGAUAGUUUUUGCAUCAAUUUUAUCUCAUCGUCAAUACAGAUUUUCUUAGGAAAUGAUGAAUUAUUGCAAAUGGCAUUAAAUUCGUUUGGUAAUUGCGCAUUUGUAUGGUAAAUGAGCGAUUUUACUUUACUAUUACUUAUUGAUUGGAAGUUUUAGGUUUUUUUUCUCCUCGAUUGUUAUACUCGAUAAAGUAUGUAGUAAAACCAUUUUACAUUGCAUAGUCAUUCAUAAAGUCAUGCAAGCGACUAGUGCGCUGAAUCACUUUACCAUAUAAUUUCAUUAAACUUGACCUUAUAAAUGGCCACCUAUAUAUGUCGUUUGCGUUUAAGUGAAGGUGAAAAUAAUUAUUACGAAAGCAAAACUCGAUAAAUAACGAUGAUAAUAAAGUAUAGUAAAAUAAUUAUUAUAAUAUUAAAGAGGGGAGAAAUACUGUAACUGUAUAUCAAUGGUUCUAGUUGUGAUAUUUUACUAAUUUAAUAAUUUUUACUAUUAGAAACGAGAAAAUAAUAAUUAUAUAUUUGGUAGUCCUAGCUGUAGUGCCUAAAAUUUCGAUCAAGAGGACUGUCUCGGAAAUAGUUGAUGAAGAUAAAGCAUUGCAAGGGAUGAUGAAGUAAAAUGAAGAAAUUUAAACAAAGUAUUUAUAUCAAUGGUGACUGGGAUGCAUUAUAUUAUUUAUAAUAGACAAAUUAUUCUAAUAAUCCUCAUGUUUGCGGUUCAUAGUAAUUAGAAGAAUUACUACUUAGUGUAACGAACGAAGAGUUAUUGAGAAAAUUUGUAGUAGUUGUAAGUUGAUAUGAGAAAUGAAAUAUUUUUGAAAUUAGAGAACGAUGAUAGAUGUAAUUGUAGUUCUUAUUUUCGUGGUGUGUUGAGGCAUUGCAGAGUACUAUUGUCGCUUCUAUUAUUGGAAAAACUAAUUACUGCGGGGAUGAGGAAAAUUUAGAAAGGGCAGAUGUAGUUUUUGGAGAUAAGGUCUAUCGCCUAUAUUUCGCAUGGGGAAAGCAUCUCUCUUAAUGAGAUAAAAAAUCUGUGACUGAGGGGAAAAAAGUUAAUUUCAUUUCCAACGAAAAAUUGUCCUCAAAAUGUUUAAUAUCAAACCAAAUAAUAAUGUUGCCAUUUUUCCCUGCACUACUCAAAUAAUUCUAAACUUUAAAAAAACAAUGAAAAUAGUGAAAGAAUUCAAUAAAAUCAGAAUUUUUUUGUAAUUUGUGGUGCGCAUAACACCGAUAAAUCUAAAUCAAACGUACCACUAGUUUGCUAUCACUACCUAAGGUAGAAAAACUCAAGUGAAUGAUACAUGAUAAUCAAAAAAAAUAAAUAAAAAAAGAAUAAAAACUAAUACUAUGGGUUUAAGCUCAAUUUCAAACAACAAAAAUAUGCUCUACUGUCAGGUGUUUUUUUUUUUUUUUUCAACAGACUGACUCAGAUGUAUUCAACCGUCCACACGUGAUUGUAAAUAGGUUCUCAAUUAUCAAUUUUCACCUGCGAGAUGCGGCGAUAGAAGUUUUCCAUUGCGUUACCUGGAAUAUUUCCUAUAAAUUAUUAAAAAUAAUUAAAUCACUGCUCUUAGGAUGUUAUAUUUAUUGAAUGCGACAAAAUGAGUGAAUAAUUUAACUAAAUAAAAAAAUGAGUACUCCAUUGAUGAACUCUCCACUACUGCGAAAUUAUCGAAGAUACGAAAGGCAAUACGUAGCCACUAUUCAAACCCACAAGUAACAACUCAAAACUACAUCCUAAAUGGAAUUCACGCUCUAAUAAAUAAUAAUUAUUCAAUUGCUAAUUUGUAAAUUACAAACUGUAGGUCCGUCAAAAGUAAGUUUCAAUUUAAUUCUCAAUAUUUUUUUUCUUCAUCAUCACAUCAAUAAUCGGACAUAGUAAUAUGAAGAAUUUGGAAAUUGAAGAUCCUUAAAAUGAAAAACGGCACUGAGAAAAAAAUUACCAAUAGCUAUAAAUCUAGAAACUAAUUAAUUCAUAUUGUUAAUAUUCACUGAUGAUAAUACGUAAUCUUCCCCUAAUAGUAUUUUAUACGGCUAUAGCAUUAUGGAUAAAUAUUGAAACUUGCCAAGAGUGAUUACAAAUUGAAUGAUAUUUCGUUGAAAGUUUAUAAUUAACAAAAAUUGUAAAAGUUUUACACUUCAUUUAACUUUAGUUUGCAUUUUUGUUUAAAAUUAUCUAGAGAAUUAUUGAAAGUAAUGGAUAAUUAUGAAUUACGUAUAGAUAUUGAAUCAUUAGUAGAGCCGAUCGGCUCACUACCGAUCUUCAAAAAUUUAUAAAAAUGGCCUUGUUCACUGAUUUUACAUCGCCUUCUUUCCAACAAAAAUCUUCAUUACUGUAAUCAAGUUCACUGAUACUUCACCAUCUGCAACCGUGUGUACGUACACUCGUUAUAAUUACGAUACAAGAGAAGUACUAGAAUUAAAUAAUUAUUUUGCCAAGAUAUUCCGAGUUCUUAAGAGAAAAA